GUUCAAAUUGUUGGAGACGAAACAGGGCGAGUAUUCAUCACCUCAAAACAACUGCAAUAACUCGAGGGAAGGGAAUCGCAUUUGUAAUUAGUGGAUAAUAUAAAGCUCACUAGUUGUCCACUCCACUGGUCAGUGCAAAAAACACACCAUCGAGAAUGUCACGGCGAGAAAGAGUUCUAAAUUUAUACAAAACGUUGCUUUAUAUGGGUCGAGAUUACCCCCAGGGGUUCGAUUUCUUCCGAGUGAGUCUGAAGAGGGCUUUUUUGAAAAACAAAUUCGAAAGCGAUCCCGAGAAGAUUGACAAGAUGAUUGAACGGGGCCAUUACGUGAUGAAGGAGAUCGAGGCUUUGUAUAUGUUGAAAAAAUAUCGAACGAUUAAGCGGAGAUACUACGAUGGGCCUUCGAAUGCGGCCUAGUGUAAUCACUCACUUUUUAUAUGUUUAAACAAUAUUUUUGUACAAAAGAAAUAAUGCACAGCUCAAUGCACAAUAUUUUUUUCAUCAAUGGAGAAUAAAAGCUUAUUUUAUGUCGUUUUAA